ACUACACAAGCUCAUUCACUGUAUAAUCUCUCUCAAUUUGAUUGCAGCAAAUAGCAAUGUCGCGAUAAAGAUUUCCUCCUAAAUUCCGCGAAAUUGCCUACAUUUGUUCCAAGAUGAAUCAUCCAAUCAGCAUCCGCCACCUCCUCCUGGUGGCCGCGGUGCUCCUCUUCCCCUCCGCCGCGCCGGACAUCGCCUCCGACCGCGCCGCCCUCCUCGCCCUCCGCUCCGCCGUGGGAGGCCGGGUCCUCCUCUGGAACCUCUCCAGCCCCACGCCGUGCGCUUGGUCCGGCGUCAAUUGCUCCCCCGACAACUCCUCCGUCGUCGAGCUCCAUUUCCCCGGAAUGGGCCUCUCCGGCGAGCUCCCCCCCAAAUCCUUCUCCAACAUGACCAAUCUGCAGACGCUCAGCCUCCGCUACAACGCCCUCUCCGGCCCCCUCCCGCCGGACCUCUUCACUUCCCUCACCUCCCUCCGCAAUCUCUACUUGCAGCACAAUUUCUUCACCGGCGAGCUUCCCCAAACCCUCUUUUCCCUCACCUCGCUGGUCAGGCUCAAUUUAGCAGAGAACAACUUCUCCGGCCCGAUUUCGCCGGGUUUUACCAAUUUGACCCGAUUAGGCACGCUCUAUUUGCAGAGCAACCGCUUCUCCGGCCCGAUCCCGGCCUUGGAUCUGCCCUCGUUAGUUCAAUUCGACGUUUCCAACAAUAACCUAACCGGCUCCAUCCCCAAUUCCCUUUCUAAAAACCCUAAAUCCUCCUUCCUCGGCAAUUCACUCUGCGGCGAGCCUCUCGAUUCAUGCGGCGGCGCCAAUCCGAAGAAGAAGAAGAAGCUCUCCGCCGGCGCGAUUGCCGGCAUUGUAAUCGGCUCCGUCUUCGCGCUUUUCGCGAUCCUGCUGCUCCUCUUCUGCUUUUGUAGGAAGCGCUCCAGAUCCAAGGACGAACACGUGGCGAAUGCGAAGGAAGUCGAGGCUCCUCCGCCGCCGAUUCCGCCCCCUAAAUCGGCGGAGAGCCUUUUUGCGGCGGCGGGGAAGGAGAAGGAGGUGGUGGUGGAAGCUGAUUUGAAGAAAGGGUUGGUUUUCUUCGGGAAAACAGGGUGGAACAUUGAAUUGGAGGAUCUGUUGAAGGCCUCGGCGGAGGUUUUGGGGAAGGGGACGUUCGGGACCGCGUAUAAGGCCGUGCUGGAGACGGGGCUGGCCGUGGCCGUGAAGCGGCUGAGGGAUGUGACAAUGCCGGAGAAGGAGUUCAGGAAGAAGAUGGAGGAGAUUGGGAGAAUGGAUCAUCCCAAUUUGGUGCCGUUGAGAGCUUAUUACUACAAUGGAGAGGAGAAGCUUCUUGUUUAUGAGUACCUUCCAUUGGGAAGCUUAUCUGCCUUGUUACAUGGAAACAAGGGAGCGAGCAGGACGCCGUUGAACUGGGAGACGAGGGUGGGCAUCGCGCUAGGGGCCGCAAAGGGAGUUUCGUACCUUCACUCGCAAGGACCAACCGUCUCCCACGGCAACAUCAAGUCGUCGAACAUUCUCCUCACUAAGUCAUACGAAGGUCGCGUCUCAGACUUUGGCCUCGCGCAGCUCGCGGGUCCUGCUGCUGCUCCUAACCGCGUCGCGGGAUACAGGGCGCCCGAGGUGACGGAUCCCCACCGAGUCUCCCAGAAGGCGGACGUGUACAGCUUUGGCGUGUUGCUGCUGGAGCUGCUGACGGGGAAGGCUCCAACACACACGCUGGUGAACGAGGAGGGUGUGGAUCUCCCGCGGUGGGUCCAGUCCGUGGUCCGGGAGGAGUGGACGGCUGAGGUGUUCGAUCUCGAGCUCCUCCGCUACCAAAACGUCGAGGAGGACAUGGUGCAGCUGUUGCAGCUCGCGGUGGACUGCACCGCGCAGUACCCGGACAAGCGCCCCUCGAUGGAUGACGUGGUCGUGAAGAUCGAGGAGCUGUGCCGUCCGAGCGGCGGCGGCGAUGGCGUGGACGUCUUUGAGGAGUCGUGAUUGAAAUAGCCGGAAAAUUGUGGUUUAUUUGUUUGUUCAUUCUUGAAGUGUAAUAUUUGAUUAAGGAAUUUCCCACUAUUUCAUUCUUAUUUUUUUUAAUUUUCUUGUAAUAUUUUGUUGGUUAUUUGCCUUGUUGUAGGAGAAUAGAUUGUUUUUGAUGAUUCUUGGUGGUUGUGAACUGUAAAAUGAGUAUGAAUUUAUUCUUGUUGA